AUGGCAAGAGUAGAAGGAGAGUCGGGCUUAACGGCCAAGGAGGUUCAGAGUAAAGUACAGCAGUUGGAUAGGGAGCGCAGUGCUAUUGUCAGCAAGAUAGCUGAGCUCGAACAGGAGUCUAAAGAGCAUGGGUUGGUGUUGGGGGCCUUCGAUAAGGUGCCGGAGGAUCGACGCUGCUAUCGGUUGGUUGGGGGAGUUCUCGUGGAAAGGGCAGUGAAGGACUUCCGCCCGGUGGUAGAGGAUAACAAAGGCAGGAUGGAGGAGGCUUUGAAAAGUCUAAGCGAUAUGCUAUCCGAGAAGACCAAGACUAUGGAGGAACUCAUCGAGAAGUACGGCACCCCGGGGCUACCCCCUGCCAACACUGACAAGAUGCAUGAAGUGAAUAAAACCGAGGAGGCCCAGUCCGCGGCGGCCCCUUCGGUGGGAGUGUUAGUGUGA